AUGAAGGAUACAACUACUGUCUUACCAAAAGGUCUUUUAGACUCUUAUAGGAAAUGUGCAACAUUUGACUGGAGAUUAUUAAAACUCAAUUUAGAAGGAGAAGAUUAUAUACAUUUUCAGAGUCCAUUAACACAUUCAUACUGGUUUAAUAUACUAUUUCAAUAUGAUGCCUCAAUAUCAAUAAAAAUGGGUGUGAUGGAUGGUAUGGCACCCAGUUCAAUUCUUGCUUUAGGCACACAAGAUCAUUAUGAUAUUGCACAAAAGAUUCAAGAAGGACAAUACACAUGUUGUUUUGCAUUGACUGAGAUUUCUCAUGGAACAAAUGCAAAAGGGAUAAGAACUACAGCAACAUACGAUGUGAAAUCAAAAAACUUUAUCUUACAUACUCCUGAUUUUGAAGCGGCAAAAUGUUGGUCUGGUGGUUUAGGAAAAACUGCAACACAUGCUCUUGUAUUUGCACAAUUAAUCACACCAGAUCAAGAAAAUCAUGGUCUUCAUACUUUCAUUGUGCCCAUUAGAAAUCCAGAUAACCAUAUACCUUAUCCAGGUGUUAAUAUUGGUGAUAUGGGUGAAAAAAUUGCGUUAAAUGGACUAGACAAUGGGUUUAUGAUAUUCGACAAUUAUUCUGUUCCUCAAACAUGUUUGUUAAAUCGAACAGCAGAUGUCACUGAAAAUGGAAAUUAUAAAGCAUCUAUAAAAGACAAAAAUAAAAGAUUUGGUGCAUCGUUGGGUGCGUUAUCUUGGGGUCGUAUUACAAUUACAUCAAUAUGUGCAAACUUAGCAUCUGUUGCAAUAGUCAUUGCCAUACGGUAUUGUGCUGUAAGAAAACAAUUUGGACCAUCGGAAUUUGAGGAAUGGCCAGUUAUAGAAUAUCAAGCACAGCAAUGGCGAUUGUUUCCUCACUUGGCAGCAACAUAUGGUCUAAAAAUAUUUUCUACUGAGCUUGCAAAUAAAAUGUUUCAAUUUCAAAUGAAACUUAUGAGCACAGAAGCUCAAGAUGAUAUUGAUGGUGAAGGCAUGGAAAUACAUGCAUUAUCUUCUGCAACAAAGCCAUUAUGUUCAUGGACUAGUCGAGAUAUUAUUCAGGACUGUAGAGAAUCUUGUGGAGGACAUGGUUACCUCAAAGUCUCACGUCUGGGGGACCUAAGAGCUGAAAAUGAUGUAACUUGUACAUUUGAGGGUGAAAAUAAUGUACUAAUUCAACAAGCCAGCAACUGGUUAUUAAACCAAUGGUCAAAUGUACUCCAUGGAAAGCCUGUCAAUUCUCCCCUAAAAACUGUAGAUUUUAUAGGAGACGCCAAUAUUUUAACACAAAACUUUGUUUAUUCUACUAGCCACGAGACAUUAAAACCAGAAAACUUACUUUCACUUUUUAAAUGGUUAAUAUGUUAUUACUUAAAAGGAACAUAUGAACAGACACAAAAUUUAAAACGCAAAGGUUAUGAUACUUUCGAAAUUAGGAAUAAUACACAAGUAUUCUUUGCACAAACAUUAUCUCAAUUAUAUGGGCAGUACGUCAUUAUGAAGUACUUCAUAGAAUCUAUACAGAACUCAUUGUGGGAACAAAAUGAACGCGAUGUACUAACGAAGUUGUGUUCACUUUAUGGAGCAGUUGCUUUAGAAAAAAGAUUGGGAGACUUUUAUGCCGGUGGUUACGCAUCUUCUAAAAGUAACAUGAGUACAUUAUUACGAGAAGGCAUUAUAAUUUUGUGUAAAGAAUUAGUUAAAGAUGCUGUAGCUUUAGUCGACGUUUUGGCACCACCAGAUUUCAUCCUAAAUUCUCCAUUAGGAAUGGCUGAUGGUCAAGUAUACAAAUAUCUGAAAGAAGAGAUGUUUAAGGACAAAGAAAACUUUGAACGACCAUCAUGGUGGAGAGAAAUAGUACGAUCAAAAUUGUGA